AUGAAACCGUGCCGCUUCGAGGGCGAGGUUCGCAAUCUGGAGAUGGUCGGCUCCCUCCCCGCCGAGCUGGACGGCACGUUCUACCGGGUUAUGCCCGACCCGCAGUUCCCGCCCUUCAUCGAGGACGACCCCUGGUCCUGCGUGUCAAACGCCUUCCCCGGCCACACCACCAACGCCUACGAGACCCCAGAGGGCCUCAUCGUAUUCGACCUGCCGCUAAUCGACAAGAAUGCCUUCUUCUGGUGGCCCGACGCCGCGGGCAGCACGCCGGGCCCGCACGACAUCGACCCCCACACCGCCUCGCUCGAUCCCCCCGCCCGCCACGAUCCUCGACCACGACGUCGAGUUCCCCCGCAUCGAUUACCGCGUCCUCGCCCGCCACCAUGUCGAGCGAGCUGCACGUCGUCGACACGAGGAGCUUUGCGGAGCCCGCCGCCGUCGUCAAGGUCCCGAUGA